CAAUCACCUUUUCACCACUUGUUGCUAGGGAGAUUGUUGAUGCUAGCUACAGCGGAAGUAGGCAGUCCUAAAAUUAAAAUAUAAACAGAGAAAGCUGUCAUUUUUUUAAGGGUAAGUGGAUAAAAAGCAUCACAGCUACUUUGUCUUGUGUAAUAAGGUAAUGCGUAGUAGCGAUAGCCGGAUUUUAAGAGACAGGGCAGCUAACAGCUAACGUCGUAAGGACGAAAGGAGGGAGGGACCGUGCCAUCCACCUAACAUUGGUGCGUAUGCUAGCAGCCCAGCGAGCUUUCUGGACUCCCUCAUUCACCUUCAGCAGCACCCACACGAAGUAGUUGUCCUGUCAAGGGUGGGGUGAUGCCUGGAGCUCUCUCUUCACCAUCUCUGGGCUGCUGAAUGUCCAGCAAUGAGGAGGCAUUGCGCGUUGCGAACCGACAUCACUUAUUUAGUCUUUAGAGGAUGGAGUGGUUGCAAUGGGCUACCAAGUCCUGUUUUCAUUAACAUGUGCCUAAUGCAAAUGUAGGAAUGGGAUGAUGACACUCUUUUGAAGAGCAGAGCUUUGACUUUAAACUGGACUCUCUAAAAAAAAGUGAAAACCUCAUCUUGGAUCCUAUACAGCUUUUUGACAUAGAUAAUCCUGUAUAACCCUCCCCUUUUGCUAUAUUUAACUGGUUUUUAUGUUCAUGUAUCUAUCUCAGUCUUUUAGUGGUAGUGGAGAACUAUUGAUCCAAGAAAGUUGGCCGCCUUUUUGUUUUUGUUUUUUACUUUCACCUUUUGUUCCUUUGUAAAGAAAUGCUUUACCUGAAAAAGUACUUCACAGAGGGCCUGAUUCAGUUCACCAUCCUUCUGAGUCUCAUUGGGGUGCGGGUGGACGUUGACACCUACCUAAACAAUCAGCUGCCCCCACUGAGAGAGAUCAUCCUGGGGCCUAGCUCAGCCUACACCCAGACACAGUUUCACAACCUGCGCAACACGCUGGACGGCUAUGGCAUCCAUCCAAAAAGUGUGGACCUCGAUCAUUUCUUCACCACUAGACGGCUGCUAAACCAGGUGCGCCAGCUGGAUCGCCUCUUCGUGCCCAGUACAGAGCUCAACACCUGGCUAGUGCAUCGUGACUCUGAUACUGUGGUGUCCGCCAGCAGCCAGUCCAGCCCCACCAUCACCCUGGACAAUGGGGCCGGCCUAGAGGACGUUAACAACCCUGACGCUACCCCGGCCAUGAGGGGAGGAAGUGGAGCACCUGAAUCCACAUACAGUCUGAACACAGCGGACAGCAGCCUGGGAGCUGUGGCCCCCGAGGGCAACCAGGACCACGGCAACAGGGAUGGCAAUGAUGAUCUCACAAAAGAGGACAUUGACUUGAUUGACAUCCUAUGGCGACAGGACAUUGAUCUUGGCGCAGGAAGAGAAGUUUUUAACUACAGCAACCGUCAGAAGGAAAACGAGGAGGAGAAGCCCAGCCCACAGGAGAACAAAGACAGGAAUGAGGAACAAGAAAGCUGGAGAAAUGGCGUGAACUUACAAGGGGCUCCACCAGUGGAUGGAGAGACUGGAGAGAGCAUUCCUGAGCAGCUCCCAGGUCUCGGCACACAGACUUCACUGUCUCUACAAGAAUGCUUGAGGCUGUUGGAGGCCACAUUCCCUUUUGGAGAAGAAACUGAGUUUCCAGCCCCGGUUGUCAGCCCAGAAAUUGCCGUUUCCAAUGAAGAAGUUCCUUCUACAUCUCAGGGCCUCCCUCUGGUGCCACAGCUGCCCUCAGCAGAACCACAGUUAGACCUGGAGCAGCAGUGGCAAGACAUCAUGGCCAUCAUGGAGCUACAAGCAAUGGAAGUGAACAACACUUCUCUCCACACCAAUUCAAGCAGCGUAAGUGCCAUAAGUGGGACAACUGAGUCAAACACUGCAGGAAACUUUGAACUGUCUACUCGCUCGACGCCAAUAAACCAGGAUGUCAGCCUUCAUCAGGCUUCCCUCCCCAGCUGCAGCCAAGACUUCCCCCAGAUUUUUAACCCUCAGCUGGACUCGCCAAGCAUUGCCCCAAGAACCGCCACACUCAGACCCUCCUCCAGCAACUCCACUAACAUCAACUCCACAUUCGGAGCCACCAACCUAACUGGGAUCUUUCUCCCGCCACACGUGAACAGUUCCAGUAACAACGUUACUUCCACCCCUGUCCUCCCCGAUCCUUUCAGCACCCUGCUGGAGGAGUCAAUGCUUGACGAAAUCAGCCUGUUGGACCUCGCCAUGGAGGAGGGCUUCAGUCAGGCCCAGGCGUCCCAGUUGGAGGAUGAGCUUGACUCAGAUUCUGGUCUUUCCCUGGACUCCAGUCACAGCCCGGCCUCCCCAAGCAGCUCAGAAACCUCCUGCUCAUCUGCAGCUUCCUCCUCUUCAACGUCUGCCACUUUCUCGGAGGAAGGAGCUGUGGGCUACAGCACUGACUCUGAGGUGGCCACUGUAGAGACAGAGGAAGGAGCUGUUGGAGGUUACCAGCCUGAAUAUAGCAAGCUCUGCCGUAUGAGCUAUCAGGACCCCUCCCAGUUCCACACUCUCCCUCAACUUGACAGCAUCAGCCAUAAUCAUACCUACAACCUGCCGCUUUCCUCUGCCUUCUCUGAGCACCCAGAGCUCCCCAUUUCGGUCGGGAAGAAGACUGUCCGUGACAAACAGAACUCAAAGCCUCAGCCUCCUCAGGACCUGCUCGACAAGCACUCAAGCCGCGACGAGCGCAGAGCCCGGGCCAUGAAAAUCCCCUUCUCCAACGACAAGAUCAUCAACUUGCCCGUGGAAGAGUUCAACGAGCUGCUAGCCAAGCACCACCUGAGCGAAGCCCAGCUGGCCCUCAUCCGUGACAUCCGCAGGCGCGGGAAGAACAAGAUGGCAGCCCAGAACUGCCGCAAACGCAAGCUGGACACCAUCAUAAAGCUGGAGCAGGGCGUCCAAGAUCUGAGGCGCGACAAGGCCCGCCUGCUGAAGGAGAAGAUGGAAUUCAUUCGCUCCAUCCGGCAAAUGAAGCAGAAGAUGCAAAGCCUGUACCAAGAGGUGUUCACUCAGCUGCGGGACGAGGAGGGCCGGCCCUAUCCUCCCAGUGAGUACUCGCUGCAGUACAGCACCGAUGGCAGCGUGCUCAUCAUGCCCCGCGGCGUGACGACCGCCGAGCAGAACCGAAAGCCAGAGAAAAAACAGAAGGACAAAAAGAAGUGAGGGAGCACAAACUGCUGUUUAUUCUAUAACUUUGCUAAGUCAGUAAGAAAGAUUUCUGCAGACACGAGAGAGAUGUCCUUAUUUCCUUUAAGAAGAUUGUGGUGAGUAGAAAAAUGGCAUUGUUGACUACUCUUCCUGCAUUAGUUUCUCCCCGUUUCAUUCUGUUCCUACAAUUUUUGUUCCUGGAAACAACUUUGACACAGAAGUAGCUCUUCGUUCGAGUACUGAGAUUUAAUUAUUUAGACGAGGAGAAGAGGGAUAUAAAAGGACAUAAAACGAGCUAUUAGGAAGAAGAAAAAAAAAUUAGCUGCUCUUGAUCCUUUUGCACCAAACCACUGAGGAUGGAGGAGUUUCACAGGGUGAAAGAAGGGACUGGGGGAGUACAAGAACACUGUCGAGGAUGUUUGGAAUACCUAUGCACCGAAGGUUUUAAAGGACUAUCAGAUCACAUCCCACCCUGGAGACUUUUGGUGAUUUUCAUAGUCACUGAGGCUUUUAAGUUGCAAAGAAUUGCAUCGAUGGUUGUGAGUUUAGAUACCAAAGGCCAAAAGGAAGUCCAUUAUUUUAGGAUGCCAAUUAACACCUAUACUAACCAAAGGUUGUAUUUGGUGCACAUCACGUGAUCUGUAUACAUCUUAAAUGCUCCAACACUGCACUCUAAUUCUGUAGGUUCCAGUUUUCGAGUCAGGUGGCAUCUAAGUUUAGAAGGCCAUAAAUAGAUCGGGUUUGAUGUGUGGAAGGUGGAUGUUGAGAUGAGAGGAGUGGGAGGCUGAGAGCGUUCUUGCGCUGGUCACUGCUGAAAGAGGCCUGGAGGUGAAGUCUUUGAAGGGGAGCAGAUUUAGGGAGGAGGCACGCUGCAUUGCAAAAUGUAUCGACUUCCUUAUAAAUUAUACAUAGCACUGUAAUUUGUCUUUAAAAGGCUUGGCUGUAUGCAUUUUGCCGUGUCUGUCGCUAUUCCUUCGCUGCAGGUUUAAAUACGGGAGCUGCGUUUAGGAAGGCUCUUAUUAACUGUUCAUAAUCUGUAGUAUAAGCAAGGUUAUAGGUCUAGCCACAUCAGCUUUACAUAGACGCCUACACCCUUUUUUGUUGAAUUCUAAAUUCUGAGCCUGUAAUUAAAGGAAGAAUUCAAGAUAACGGUGAUGGGCCAGGAGCUCCAGAGAGUAGUGCAUUAUUAAAACCAACUCCAGGCAGUCUUGAGUCAAAGUCAUUCAGUUUUCUUGGAUGCCCCAUUUUUAGCAUUAACAGAAGGCAGGCUCAGUUGACGCUGGGGUGUAGCAACUUCCCUUUCAAGUAACAUACGCGCCAAAUCUAAGGAGCUUGGAAAACCUGGAUGACUGAGAACCUUCACAGACAUACGCGCCAAAUGUUAAAUACAACAGUGUAUUAGGGCCAGUUAAGGGAGAAAACAAUUUAAAAGGCUUGGCGAAGCUAGGGUGAAGGCCUGAGACAAAAGAAUAGAGAUUUUUUGUUGUUGUUGUUGUUUGUUUGUUUUCUCAGAAUUGUUUUGCUUUAAUCUCAAAUUGAGGAGAAAAAAACCUGUUUAUUAUUUCAAAACCAGAAACAAGAAACAAACUGGCAAAUUUAUGGGAAGAAGACCUGAAAAAUUUAAGAGAAAAAGAAUUAGGAGAAAAUUUACAGUCGAAAGAGAUAUUUUAGGAAAACAAAACAGGCAAAUUCAUGAGGAAAAAAAUGGAAAUUGACAUUAAAAUUGUAGAGAUUGCACAAAUUGCAGAAAAUUGGUGGAAAAUUAUCAAGAAAAUUAAAUGUAAAUUCACAGUUUAAAAAAAAUAAAAAGUCUGUUGUAAACAAAAAAAAGACAAAUUUAUGAGAAAAAACAGACAAUUCACAAGAAAAAAAAUGCAAAUUUCAUAGAAAACUAGUUGCAAAUGAAUGAGAAAAGAAUACGUAAAUUCGCAAGGAAAAAAGGAAAUUGUUGAGAAAAAAAAGAUCAAUUCAAAAACAUAAAGUUGUAACGAGAAAACAAUUUUUUUUUUUUUUUGGUUAGAUAUGGUUGCUUGACUAAAAAAAUGACCAAAAACAAAAAAACUACUUUGCAAGUUUCUAUUCAGUUUCUACUCAUAUUUGCCAAUUUUUUUUUCUUGGAAAUUUUUUAGAGUUCUCUAUAAUUGCAGUUUAAAUCGAGUUGCCUGAUUCUCCUCACCCUGUAGAUUUUGUUUUACUUUGAACGACCCUGGUACGCCGUUGCGACUGUACGAAAAACCACUUGAGGAUUUUUUUUAAACUGCUGUAAAGCCAAAGUGUUGGCUUCAAUCAAGUUUUUGUGUUUAUAACAGAGCGAGCCACGCGACUGAUAACGCAAAAGCAACUCGAAUGUGUGAAAUGACGACACGUGUCGUGGCCACUUUGAUCUGAAUGCCUUUAUUUAACGUUUCCGUCACUUUUAUCCUCUCUUGAGAACCGAAGAGAGGAGGGAUUUAAAAAAAAAAAGUUCUCAAAGUAGAAGUGCUAUUACUUGUCUAUUUGAAUGAAGUUUGUCAGUACAUGUGUUAUAUCACCUUCUUAAAAAAAUAAAUAAAAUAGGUCCGUUGUGUCAGCUGAGAUAGGAGAUAGGCUAGAUCUUUUUCCAAGGGGCUGAACAGAACUCGCAACAUUAAGAUGAUGUCCAAAUAAAACAGUUUUGAACGGAGAAGUGUCCUCAUUAAAUGUGAUAUUCAGGCAUGAACCUCUGGUUAACAUUCACUUCAGUGUAACACCAACUACUUAGUACUGCUACUACUUAGUGCACUUUUUUUGUCUGUCUUGUUCUGUAAAUAUUUUCAUGUUUGUGUUUGUUAUGAUUUUAUGUAGUCUGUUUAAAAACGUCUCCAUUAACGGUCACACCCUCUGCUUUGAGUUUGGAUGUAGUUCCCUCCGUUUUGAGGUAUUUGCUGGCAAUCAAGAAUUGUUUUUAUUGAUUAAUAAAGUGUUUUUAUUUUCACCUGUGA